AUGGCUUCCAUGGAAUCAGCCUUCAUCCAUUCAUCCAAAGCUCCAUCCCUUUGCAUAGCGAGAGUUAACCACCUUGCCAGGCAGAGCACUGGCACAGACCGUCUGGGGCUGGGCAGGCGUGCGGGAGAGGCACCAACCAGCCAACCCCCCUCUGCCACUCCCUGCCACCCGCCGCCGGCCCAAUCCUCUUUACCUGCCUCACAAUGCCACUCGGUGUGCCAGCCUUUGUGCCCCGUGCCAGGGAUGCCCGUUGGAAAAGCUCUUCUGUUUUGGAGACUGGCGAGAAAGAGACAGACGGGAAGAGGGAGGGGGCUACCCGGAGGUAAGGGCUCUACUGGUGAUAAGACACUAGGGCUGUGGCUGUGUACCUGCCGGCUGUGGAAGGGGAGGUAGGGGAGGUAGUCAGUAGCAGAAGGUGUUGCUAUCAGAGUGGAACAGAAGCGAGGUGGAGGUUUGAUGUUGGACGUGUGAGAGGAGAGGAGGGGACUCCUUGCUGGGUUUCAGCUGGCUACUCAUGCGAUGCUGAGAGCAACGACAUACUGUAUCCAUCCAUCCUCAUGCAUGAACACACACUCUCUCUCUCUCUCUCUCUCUCUCUCUCUCUCUCUCUCUCUCUCUCUCUCUCUCUUUCUCUCUGUCUGUCUGUCUGUCUGUCUCUCGCUCUCUCUCUCUCACACACACACUCACUAUCUCUUUCUCUCUCUCUCUCUCUCUAUCUCUCUCAAUUCAAUUCAAUUCAAAGGGCUUUAUUGGCAUGGGAAACAUGUUUAAAUUGCUAAAGCAAGUGAAAUAGAUAAUAAACAAAGUGAAAUAAACAAUAUAAAAUUAACAGUAAAAAUUACACAGAAGUUCCAAAGGAAUAGAGACAUUUCAAAUGUCAUGUUAUGUCUAUAUACAGGUUGUAACGAUGUGCAAAUAGUUAAAGUACAAAAGGGAAAAAUAAAUAUGGGUUGUAUUUACAAUGGUGUUUGUUCUUCACUGGUUGCCCUUAUAUAGAGGCAACAGGUCACAAAUCUUGCUGCUGUGAUGGUACACUGUGGUAUUUCACCCAAUAGAUUUGGAAGUUUAUCAAAAUUGUAAUCUGAAGGAAAUAUGUGUCUCUAAUAUGGUCAUACAUUUGGCAGGAGGUUAGGAAGUGCAGCUCACUUUCCACCUCAUUUUGUGGGCAUUGUACAUAUAGCCUGUCUUCUCUUGAGAGCCAGGUCUGCCUACGGCAACCUCUCUCAAUAGCAAGGCUAUGCUCACUGAGUCUGUACAUAGUCAAAGCUUUCCUUAAUUUUGGGUCAGUCACAGUGGUCAGGUAUUCUGCCACUGAAUACUCUCUGUUUAAGGACAAAUAGCAUUCUAGUUUGCUCUGUUUCUUUGUUAAUUCAUUCCAAUAUGUGAAGUAAUUAUCUUUUAGUUUUCUCAUAAUUUGGUUGGGUGUAAUUGUGUUGCUGUCCUGGGGCUCUGUGGGAUCUGUUUGUGUUUGUGAACAGAGCCCCAGGACCAGCUUACAUAGGGGACUAUUCUCCAGGUUAAUCUCUCUGUAGGUGAUGGAUUUGUUAUGGAAGGUUCGGGAAUCGCUUCCUUUUAGGUGGUAGUAGAAUUUAACGGCUCUUUUCUGGAUUUUGAUAAUUAGCGGGUAUCGGCCUAAUUCUGCUCUGCAUGCAUUAUUUGGUGUUUUACGUUGUACACAGAGGAUAUUUUUGCAGAAUUCUGCAUGCAGUCUCAAUUUGGUGUUUGUCCCAUUUUGUAAAUUAUUGGUUGUUGAGCAGACCCCAGACCACACCACCAUAAAGGACAAUGUGUUUUAUAACUGAUUAAAGUAUUUUUAGCCAGAUCCUAACUGGUAUGUUGAAUUUUAUGUUCCUUUUGAUGGCAUAGAAGGCCCUUCUUGUCUUGUCUCUCAGAUCGUUCACAGCUUUGUGGAAGUUACCUGUGGCACUGAUGUUUAGGCUGAGGUAUGUUUAGGUAUGCUCUAGGGCAAUGGUGUCUAGAUGGAAUUUGUAUUUGUGGUCCUGGCAACUGGACCUUUUUUGGAACACCAUUAUUUUUGUCUUACUGAGAUUUACUGUCAAUGCCCAGGUCUGAUAGAAUCUGUGCAGAUGAUCUAGGUGCUGCUGUAGGCCCUCCUUGUUUGGGGACAGAAGCACCAGAUCAUCAGAAAACAGUAGACAUUUGACUUCAGAUUCUAGUAGGGUGAGGCCGGGUGCUGCAGAAUUUUCUAGUGCCCUCGCCAAUUCGUUGAUAUAUAUGUUGAAGAGGGUGGGGCUCAAGCUGCAUCCCUGUCUCACCACUCUGCCCUGUGGAAAGAAACGUGUGUGUUUUUUGCUCAUUUUAACUGCACACGUGUUGUUUGUGUUGGUGGAUUUUAUAAUGUUGUAUGUUUUCUCCCCAACACCGCUUUCCAUAAAUUUGUAUAGCAGACCCUCAUGCCAAAAUGAGUCAAAUGCUUUUUUGAAAUCAACAAAAGUAUGAGAAAACUUUGCCUUUGUUUUGUUUUGUUUGUUUGUCAAUAAGGGUGUGCAGGGUGAAUACAUGGUCUGUCGUACGAUAAUUUGGUAAAAAGCCAAUUUGACAUUUGCUCAGUACAUUGUUUUCGCUGAGGAAAUGUACGAGUCUGCUGUUAAUGAUAAUGCAGAGAAUUUUCCCAAGGUUGCUGUUGAUGCAUAUCCCACGGGAGUUAUUGGGGUCAAAUUUGUCUCCACUUUAAUGGAUUGGGGUGAUCAGUCCUUGGUUCCAAAUAUUGUUGAAGAUGCAAGAGCUGAGGAUGAUGUUUAAGAGUUUAGGUAUAGCCAAUUGGAAUUUGAAUUUGUGGUCUGUAUAUUUUAUCAUUUCAUUGAGGAUACCAUCAACACCACAGGCCUUUUUGGGUUGGAGGGUUUGUAUUUUGUCCUGUAGUUUAUUCAAUGUAUUUGGAGAAUCCGGUGGGUUCUGGUAGUCUUUCACAGUUGAUUCUAAGAUUUCUAUUUGAUCAUGUGCAGUGGCUUCGGAAAGUAUUCAGACCUUGACUUUUCUAAAAUUGAUUAAAUUGUUUUUUUCCCUCAAUCAAUCUACACACAAUACCCCAUAAUGACAAAGCAAAAACAGGUUUUUAGAAAUUGUUGCAAAAAAUAUAUAAAAAAUGAAAUAUCACAUUUACAUAAGUAUUCAGACCGUUUACUCAGUACUUUGUUGAAACACCUUUGGCAGCGAUUACAGCCUAGAGUCUUCUUGAGUAUGACACUACAAGCUUGGCACACCUUUAUUUGGGGAGUUUCUCCCAUUCUUCUCUGUAGAUCCUUUCAAGCUCUGUCAGGUUGGAUGGGGAGCGUUGCUGCACAGCUAUUUUCAGGUCUCUCCAGAGAUGUUCCACCAGUUCAAGCCCGGGCUCUGGCUGGGCCACUCAAGGACAUUCAGAGACUUGUCCCAAAGCCACUCCUGCGUUGUCUUGGCUGUGUGCUUAGGGCCGUUGUCCUGUUGGAAGAUGAAACUUCCCCACAUGCUUCAUCGUAGGGAUGGUACCAUGUUUCCUCCAGACGUGACGCUUGGCAUUCAGUCCAAAGAGUACAAUCUUGGUUUCAUCAGACUAGAGGAUCUUGUUUCUCAUGGUCUGAGAGUCUUUAGGUGCCUUUUGGCAAACUCCAAGCGGGCUUUCAUGUGUUUUUUAUUUGUUAUACAUUUGCAAAAAUAAAUAAAAACCUGUUUUCGCUUUGUCAUUAUGGGGUAUUGUGUGUAGAUUGCUGAGGAUUUGUAUUUAUUUAAUCAAUUUUAGAUUAAGGCUGUAACGUAACAAAAUGUGGAAAAAAUCAAGGGGUCUGAAUACUUUCUGAAGGCACUGUAUAUGUUUUUGCUGAUUGUUCUUUGUUAUUGAGCCAAAAAGAUUGGAGAAGUGGCUUAUCCAUACAUCUCCAUUUGGAUAGAUAACUCUUCGUGUUGUUGUUUGUUUAGUGUUAUUCCAAUUUUCCCAGAAGUAGUUAGAUUCUAUGGAUUCUUCAAUUACAUUGAGCUGAUUUCUGACGUGCUGUUACUUCUUUUUCCGUAGUGUAUGUCUGUAUUGUUUUAGUGAUUCACCAUAGUGAAAGCGUAGGCUCAGGUUUUCUGGAUCUCUAUGUUUUUGGUUGGAUAGGUUUCCUUUUGAAUUUCUCUCUCGCGCUCUGUCUCUCUCUCUCUCUCACACAAACAUAUACACACUCUUUCUCUCUCUGUCUGUCUCUCACUCACUCACUCACUCACUCACUCACUCACUCACUCACUCACUCACUCACUCACUCACUCACUCACUCACUCACUCACUCACUCACUCACUCACUCACUCACUCACUCACUCACUCACUCACUCACUCACUCACUCACACACACACACACACACACACACACACACACACACACACACACACACACACACACACACACACACACACACACACACACACACACACACACACACACUGACUCUACAAUGCCGUGGCUGUAGUUGUUCAUGACUGCUAACAAUUGUUGGUUUCCACAAGACAAAAUGAAAAUGAACCCCCUGAACUGCAUUGUUUCAUUUCAUUUCCAGUGUUUCAACACUGAUGUUCACCGUGGAAAGCUGUGGGAAGCUGGCUCAUUGAUAUCUAAAUAUUUCCUUCACAGCCCUCACAGGGCUAGUCUGUUUCUGAGCAUAAAUGGGUGUGUUUGUUUGCCUGCACAUUUAUGUACUGUAUGAUCUAAAUUGUGUGUGUGUGUGUGGUGUGUGUGUGUGUGUGUGCGUGCGUGUGUGUUUUUGAAAGUGUGUAUAUUAUAUUGUGCAGGGAUGCAUUCAGGGGUGCGCUCGUGUGCAUAUUUGUGUGUACAGCAUGACUGUGUAUGCCAUGCAUCGGUGGGUUUGUGUCUGUCUGGACAGAACCUAAACUUCCUCUCUCUCUCUCGCUCUCUCAAUUUUUUCUAGGACUUAUCCUCCAGGCCUGUCGUCUCUUCCCGGCUGGGGAGUCUUCUAGAAGGGGGCCCCUCUUGACCACCAUGAAAGGGUUAGGAGCCAAACGCAACCGCCACCUGUCUGACUCCUGCGAUCCCACCCAGGGCCCCCCGGAGCCCCUGUACCCACACCAGGCUUCCACCCUGCCUCGGAGCCCCUACCUCCUCAGCCCCACCAGCAUGGACCACUACGGCACCAUGGACCCCCGCCACUACAACCCCAGUAUGGACGCCCAAAACAACCAGGGAUCCCUGCCCCCGGACUACUCCCUCCCCCUCAACAACCAGCUGUCCAACAGCAGCACCUUCCCCCACGUCCACUACAACUCCCAUUACGACCCCAGCGACUUCUCCCCGCCACAGGAGGACAGCAUCGGGGGCAUAAGUACAGGAACCUUGGGCACCUCCAUGUCGAUGGGGAUGGGGAUGGGAAUGCAUGGCAUGAGCGGUAUGGGGGGCCUGCAGAGCAGCCGGGGGGCCAUGAUCACCAGUGGUUCGGCUACUAUCUCCGGUGGGGCCAAGAUGAACCGGCAGGUGCAGCCCAACCUGCUGGACCAGUUGGAGAAGCAACUGCCUGGGGGGCCUCGUGACGGCUUCAGCACGCUACAGCUCCAUCGGAGCACAUCGGCCGCCCUCUCCGUCGCCUCCAAGCAGCGCACCGACAGUCCCGGGCGCAUCCGUAACCUGGUGUGCUCUGUCCAGAAGCUCUUCGCCAAGUCACAGUCCAUGGAUGGCCACAACAUCAAGGGCGUCAACGGGCGUUCGGGGACGGGUAGCGGUAGCGGCGGGACCUCGUCCGGGACCGAGGACGGCGGGAAGCGGGACCGGCGAGCAAAGAGCAAAGACCGGGGCGGAGCCAAGUCAGACGGGGGCGGGACGGGCAAGCGGCGGCCGCGCUCCAACAUGUCAGGCUACUGGAGCUCGGACGACCUGGACAACGCCGACCUCAGCAACUACCGCAACCCCAUGGCCAUGACGCUGGGACGCCCCACCACCCAUGCCACCCAGCACGCCACCCACAGUACUACCUACGAUGCCCAGCAGGGGGCACUACAGCAGCAGCAGGGACAGCAGAGCCGCUACGUGGUCCACAGCGGCUACAACACCAUUAGCUCGUCUAAGAGCAGCAAUGAAGUCAUGAAGUACCAGCAGACGCUGCCGGGGCCCGGAGGUGGGGGAGGAGGGAUCAGCAUGGGAGUGAACAGUAAUGACUUUAAGAAGGGAGGUUCGUGGUCGACGCUGACCCUGGGUCAGCCCACACAGGUGCUGCAGAAGGGCCACUCGUCUACCCUGGACCGGUCCAUGCUCAAGUCUAAGUCGUGCCAGCAGGAGUUUGCCUGCCACUACCUGCAAGUGGGACGACGGGUGAGUAUUAUCUAACAAAUGUCUGUUGUCAAAAGGAUAUCAUCAUAUCGAAUGAUGUGCUGGACAUAAAGAACAUGUGGAGACAUAGUGCAUACUUAAAUACAAAUGUAUUUACUUUCAAGACAGUUUGUCAGGUCUGACAAAGAUCUGUUUGGAUCUAAACAUAAAACAUGUAGUCUUGUCACUACAAUAAAAGUCCUAUAUGUGUUGGACCAUUUCAGUGUCAGGUUGACUAUUCCUCUACUAUGUCUCAGCUGUCUCGUCUUUCAGUUUGUUCAGUUUAUUUAACUAAAAUAUAGCAAUGUCUACCCCUUGGGUAUCAUUUCUGCAAUUUUUUUAUUUUAUCAGCCUGACUUUAUGUGCUAACAUUUAUGGCAUACCACUGUAAAUGGCACACACCAUGUGACAUUAACAUGCUGUUAUAUAAAUGUCAGCUCCAAGUCUACCUAUAGAAUUGAUUUGAUACUAAUUGUUUUGACUUUGUUUUCAAGUUUCAAAGUCAAGAUAUUGCGGAAGGAGUUGGUAACGGCCCUGUAGCACUCUAAUGAUUUUAUUUAUUUUUUGUGUAAUCGAUAACACCAUACCUAUGGUCAAGAAAAGUAGAGUGGGGGUCCCUCAGGGAUACAUUUCGGGUCCUCUUUAGCCUAUACUGUAGAUACUGUAGAUUAUAGAGUGAAUACUGUAAAACAAAUGAUAUUAUGUAAACAUUUUUAUUAUACUGUCACAAUCAUGUCAAUAUAAAUGGCAUAAGGGUAUAAUGCCAUAUAGAAAAAUGUACAGUACCAGUCAAAAGUUUGGACACACCUACUCAUUCAAGGGUUUUUCUUUAUUUUUACUAUUUUCUACAUUGUAGAAUAAUAUUCAAAACUAUGAAGUAACACAUAUGGAAUCAUGUAGUAACCUACAUUUUCCGGAUUGACUGACCUUCAUGUCUUAAAGUAAUGAUGGACUGUCGUUUGUCUUUGCUUAUUUGAGCUGUUCUUGCCAUAAUAUGGACCUGGUCUUUUACCAAAUAGGGCUAUCUUCUGUAUACCCCCUACCUUGUCACAACACAACUGAUUGGCUCAAACUCAUUAAGAAGGAAAGAAAUUCCACAAAUUAACUUUUAACAAGGCACAUCUGUUAAUUGAAUUGCAUUCCAGGUGACUACCUCAUGAAGCUGGUUGAGAGAAUGCCAAGAGUGUGCAAAGCUGUCAUCAAGGCAAAGGGUGGCUACUUUGAAUCUAAAAUCUAAAAUAUAUUUGAUUUGUUUAACACUUUUUUGGUUACUACAUGAUUCCAUAUGUGUUAUUUCAUAGUUUUUAUAUCUUCACUAUUAUUCUACAAUGUAGAAAAUAGUACAAAUUAAGAAAAACCCUUGAAUGAGUAGGUGUAUCCAAACUUUUGACUGGUACUGUAUCUGGGUUGCUGCUGCUUGUAGGGGGACUGGAGUAGCACGCUGGGCCGCAGCGGCGGGGGAGGAGGAGCCAAUGAGAUCCCAUGUCGGCGCAUGCGGAGCGGCAGCUACGUGAAGGCCAUGGGCGACCUAGAGGACAGUGACGACUCGGACGGCAGCCCCAAGCCCUCGCCCAAAAUGGCUGCCCGCCGUCAGAGCUACCUCAGGGCCACCCAGCAGUCUCUGAGCGACCAGCUACCGCCACGCAAGUAAGCUCAGUACCAAAGUUUCAUCACAUGGAUAAUGGACAUGUGAGCAUAAUGACACACAGUGCAUUCGGAAAGUAUUCAGACCCCUUGACUUUUUCCACAUUUUGUUAUGUUACAGACUUAUUCUAAAAUGGAUUAAAUUAAACAUUUUCCUCAUCAAUCUACACACAAUACCCCAUAAUGACAAAGCGAAAACAGGUUUUUAGAAAUGUUUGCAAAUUUAACAGAAAUAGAAAUACCUUAUUUAUAUAAGGUAAGUAUUCAGGAGGUGUGACAUGUAGAAAGGAGUCCACCUGUGAUAAAUUCAAUUGAUUGGACAUUAUUUGGAAAGGCACACACCUGUUUAAAUAAGGUCCCACAGUUGACAGUGCAUGUCAGAGCAAAAACCAAGCCAUGAGGUCGAAGGAAUUGUCCGUAGAGCUCCGAGACAGGAUUGUUUCUAGGCACAGAUCUGCAGCAUUGAAGGUCCCCAAGAACACAGUGGCCUUCAUCAUUCUUAAAUGGAAGAAGUUUGGAACCACUAAGACUCUUCCUAGAGCUUGCAGCCCGGCCAAACUGAGCAAUCGUGGAAGAAGUGCCUUGGUCAGGGAGGUGACCAAGAACCCAAUUGUCACUAUGACAGAGCUCCAGAGUUCCUCUGUGGAGAUGGGAGAACCUUCCAGAAGGCCAACCAUCUCUGCAGCACUCCACCAAUCAGGCCUUUAUGAUAGAGUGGCCAGAAGGAAGCCACUCCUCAGUAAAAGGCACAUGACAGCCUGCUUGGAGUUUGCCAAAAGGCACCUAAAGGACUCGCAGACCAUGAGAAACAAGAUUCUCUGGUCUGAUGAAACCAAGAUUGAACUCUUUGGCCUGAAUGCCAAGCAUCACGUCUGGAGGAAAUCUGGCACCAUCCCAAUGAAGCAUGGUGGUGGCAGCAUCAUGCUGUGGGGAGGUUUGUCAGCGGCAGGGACUGGGAGACUAGUCAGGAUCGAGGGAAAGAUGAACAGAGCAAAGUAAAGAGAUCCUUGAUGAAAACCUGCUCCAGAGCGCUCAGGACCUCAGACUGGGGUGAAGGUUCACCUUCCAACAGGACGACGACCCUAAGUACACAGCAAAGACAAUGCAGGAGUAGCUUCGGGACAAGUCUCUUAAUGUCAUUGAGUGGCCCAGCCAGAGCCCGGACUUGAACCCGAUCGAACAUCUCUGGAGAGACCUGAAAAUAGCUGUGCAGCGACGCUCCCCAUCUAACCUGACAGCGCUUGAGAGGAUCUGCAGAGAAGAAUGGGAGAAACUCCCCAAAUACAGGUGCGCCAAGCUUGUAGCGUCAUGCCCAAGAAGACUUGAGGCUGUAAUCACUGCCAAAGGUGCUUCAAAAAAGUACUUAGUAAAGGGUCUGAAUACUUAUGUAAAUGAAAUAUUUCCGUUUUUUAUUUUUAAUACAUUUGCAAAAAUCUCUAAAAACCUGUUUUCGCUUUGUCAUAAAAAAAUAUCCAUUAUAGAAUAAGGCUGUAACGUAACAAAAUGUGGAAAAAGUCAUGGGGUCUGAAAACUUUCUGAAUGCACUGUAUGACAUGGUAACACAUUCAGGUGGAAGUGAACCUAGACUAUAACAAUAAUAAUUUCACACACACACAAAUCCUCGUGCCCACUCUCUCUUUCUCUCUCACAUCCACACAAGCACACAUGUACAGUGGGGGAAAAAAGUAUUUAGUCAGCCACCAAUUGUGCAAGUUCUCCCACUUAAAAAGAUGAGAGAGGCCUGUAAUUUUCAUCAUAGGUACACGUCAACUAUGACAGACAAAAUGAGAAGAAAAAAUUAUCCAGAAAAUCACAUUGUAGGAUUUUUAAUGAAUUUAUUUGCAAAUUAUGGUGGAAAAUAAGUAUUUGGUCAAUAACAAAAAAAAUGCAAUGCUUUGUUAUAUACCCUUUGUUGGCAAUGACACAGGUCAAACGUUUUCUGUAAGUCUUCACAAGGUUUUCACACACUGUUGCUGGUAUUUUGGCCCAUUCCUCCAUGCAGAUCUCCUCUAGAGCAGUGAUGUUUUGGGGCUGUCGCUGGGCAACACAGACUUUCAACUCCCUCCAAAGAUUUUCUAUGGGGUUGAGAUCUGGAGACUGGCUAGGCCACUCCAGGACCUUGAAAUGCUUCUUACGAAGCCACUCCUUCGUUGCCCGGGCGGUGUGUUUGGGAUCAUUGUCAUGCUGAAAGACCCAGCCACGUUUCAUCUUCAAUGCCCUUGCUGAUGGAAGGAGGUUUUCACUCAAAAUCUCACGAUACAUGGCCCCAUUCAUUCUUUUCUUUACACGGAUCAGUCGUCCUGGUCCCUUUGCAGAAAAACAGCCCCAAAGCAUGAUGUUUCCACCCCCAUGCUUCACAGUAGGUAUGGUGUUCUUUGGAUGCAACUCAGCAUUCUUUGUCCUCCAAACACGACGAGUUGAGGUUUUACCAAAAAGUUCUAUUUUGGUUUCAUCUGACCAUAUGACAUUCUCCCAAUCCUCUUCUGGAUCAUCCAAAUGCACUCUAGCAAACUUCAGACGGGCCUGGACAUGUACUGGCUUAAGCAGGGGGACACGACUGGCACUGCAGGAUUUGAGUCCCUGGCGGCGUAGUGUGUUACUGAUGGUAGGCUUUGUUACUUUGGUCCCAGCUCUCUGCAGGUCAUUCACUAGGUCCCCCCAUGUGGUUCUGGUAUUUUUGCUCACCGUUCUUGUGAUCAUUUUGACCCCACGGGGUGAGAUCUUGCGUGGAGCCCCAGAUCAAGGGAGAUUAUCAGUGGUCUUGUAUGUCUUCCAUUUCCUAAUAAUUGCUCCCACAGUUGAUUUCUUCAAACCAAGCUGCUUACCUAUUGCAUUGUAUGUCUUCCCAGCCUGGUGCAGGUCUACAAUUUUGUUUCUGGUGUCCUUUGACAGCUCUUUGGUCUUGGCCAUAGUGGAGUUUGGAGUGUGACUGUUUGAGGUUGUGGACAGGUGUCUUUUAUACUGAUAACAAGUUCAAACAGGUGCCAUUAAUACAGGUAAGGAGUGGAGGACAGAGGAGCCUCUUAAAGAAGAAGUUACAGGUCCACCAUAAUUUGCAAAUAAAUUCAUUAAAAAUCCUACAAUGUGAUUUUCUGGAGAAAAAAAAUCUCAAUUUGUCUGUCAUAGUUGACGUGUACCUAUGAUGAAAAUUACAGGCCUCUCUCAUCUUUUUAAGUGGGAGAACUUGCACAAUUGGUGGCUGACUAUAAACUUUUUUUCCCCACUGUACACACGUACACACACAGACACACCACACACACACACACACACACACACACACAGCCCAUGGCACCAUUUUAAACGGAGGUGUGACAUGUAGAAAGGAGACCAUCAGGCUUCCAGCUCUUGGCAUGCCUGUUAACAGGCCUUGCAUACUAAAGAGGCUAAAGCAAACACACACAGUCAGACAAGCUGUGCUCACUCAAGCCUGGGAUUAAGCACCGUCAGACUCCCACCUCCUACACAUGCCAGAGCUCCGAUUACGGUUUCCUCAUCGUUCAUUUACUAACGGCUUGGCCUGAAAUGAUAGAGUCCUCAUACCGUAACGUUUCCGCAACAUCACAAACACGAUGCUAUCUUCAGCUUCUGCUCAGACAGACAGUGAGUCACCACAAACUAAGCUAUAGUCUCAUCAUCUCCCACUGACUGACUGACUAUGGUUUCUAGCACAUUGUCUCUAGAUUACAUGCUUUCUGAAGCAGACAGACACAGACUGGGCUGGACACAGUGCAUUGGGUAUCCUGUUCAUUUUCACAUAAUGACAAACAAAAUGAAACCCCAUUUGGAUGAAUAGUGGCAGAGAGUGGGAGCACCAAUGAGCAAGUUGCUGUGUUUUAUUGUUUAUGUCUCCGUUGAUUUGCUGAAACAAAGACCUUUGUUGUGUUCUCUGGGUUCUCUGUGGUCAGGGCUGUAUUGAAGUAAAUGUGUGCCAAUGCGAUCUUAAACCUAAUUUGGCACAAAUGUAAUUCCAUUGGGGAGUUUAGAGUGGCUGGCUAUUAUUUGGUUCAGAUUGCCACCACAAAUUGAGGAAAUCAAAAGGCAAAAGGAAUACAGUACAAUUUCAUUCCACAAGAGGGCAGCAGAUCAAGAAGCAAUAAGUAUUUAUGCCUGGUAAUAUCACUUCAUACAUUAAAAUAAAAAAACUAAUUGUUUUGGUCACAGACACAUAGAAAAAGGGAAUAUAUGACUUACGUCAUUAUAGAAGCAGAUUAUUGUUGAUAGAGACAACACACACACACCAUGAUAACGUAGCAGGAAGGUUUUCUUAAAGAAGUAAAAACAUGGAGUAGAAAACACAAAUUAAUUUCAAACCUGCAUGCUAAAUGACUCUUAUCCUGCUCCCCCCUGCCAAAACCCAAAUGCCACACCCCUGUUCUCCCUCGUGGUCUGCUCCACCCUGGUUGGCAGGAGCAGCAGAGCCCUGGAUUACGCCAUGCUGCAGGGGGAGCUGGAGGCACUGUGGUCUCCUCUGCACAGUGUGUCCUCUCUGCACCAACUGGGAAGGUCAGUGCUAUGCAGCCAGCCAAUCACCACCAAGGGGGCAGGUUUAUGCUUGCACCAGAUUGGACGCGGUCCCCAAUCAAUCAGUCAGUCACCCCGCCCCCCAGGUCUUGCCCACCUCUUUGGUUCACCCAUGCUCCGUCAGUGCCAACGCCAUGCCACUCACCACCAGCCCUUUCCUCCAAGCUAAUUCGCUCACCCCAAAAAAGGAGUUCCAUUGCCCAGCUUGGCACCUUCCAUGCCAGGGGUACCCCAUCUUUACCCAAGGAUCAUCACAAUCACAUGACAAAUGCAAUGUCAUGUCACUAUCACUGUGUGCCAGCAAAGACCAAAAUAUGAUAUGCUCUCUUUUGGUAAUCCAGUUCAGUAUUUCUGAGCUGAAUUUGGACAAUUUUCCCUAAUGCUCUUUGAUAUUGGCACCAUGAUGCGUGGAACAAGGCUUUACAUAUGCUUGACCUGUGUAUCAUUGGCUUUGCAUUGUUUGGGUGCUAUAUGGGGAAUAUUAUUGUAAUGAGAUGAAAUGGGAGAUAUAUUAUUCACAGGUGUUAUGAUGGGGGAAGUGAUGCUGACAGAUGUUAUGAUGGGGCAGUGAUGCUGACAGGUGUUAUGAUGGGGGCAGUGCAGCUGACAGAUGUUAUGAUGGGGGCAGUGAUGCUGACAGGCAAUGUUCCCUCUAAACUGCACGCGAUUUUGGCCGUGCAGCUCCUCCAGGACUGCCACGCAGAAGAAAUGCCAUGCCACGCAGAGAUGCACGAGAUUGAACUUCACUGAGUUCGCCUCAUUAGUUUGAACUACAGUUGAAGUCGGAAGUUUACAUACACCUUAGCCAAAUACAUUUAAACUCAGUUUUUCACAAUUCCUGACAUUUAAUCUUAGUAGAAAUUCCCUGUCUUAGGUCAGUUUACAUACACUCAAUUAGUAUUUGUUAGCAUUGCCUUUAAAUUGUUUAACUUGUGUCAAAAGUUUCGGGUAGCCUUCCACAAGCUUCCCACAAUAAAUUGGGUGAAUUUUGGCCCAUUCCUCCUGACAGAGCUGGUAUAACUGAGUCAGGUUUGUAGGCCUCCUUGCUCGCACACGCUUUUUCAGUUCUGCCCACAAACGUUCUAUAGGAUUGAGGUUAGGGCUAUGUGAUGGCCACUCCAAUACCUUGACUUUGUUGUCCUUCAGCCAUUUUGCCACAACUUUGGAAGUAUGCUUGGGGUCAUUGUCCAUUCGGAAGACCCAUUUGCGACUAAGCUUUAACUUCCUGACUGAUGUCUUGAGAUGUUGCUUCAAUAUAUCCACAUAAUUUUCCUUCCUCAUGAUGCCAUCUAUUUUGUGAAGUACACCAGUCCCUCCUGCAGCAAAGCACCCCCACAGCAUGAUGCUGCCACCCCCGUGCUUCACGGUUGGGAUGGUGUUCUUCGGCUUGCAAGCAACCCCAUUUUUCCUCCAAACAUAACGAUGGUCAUUAUGGCCAAACAGUUCUAUUUUUGUUUAAUCAGACCAGAGGACAUUUCUCCAAAAAGUACGAUCUUUGUCCCCAUGUGCAGUUGCAAACCGUAGUCUCGCUUUUUUAUGGCGGUUUUGGAGCAGUGGCUUCUUCCUUGCUGAGCGGCCUUUCAGGUUAUGUCCAUAUAGGACUUGUUUUACUGUGGAUAUAGAUACUUCUGUACCUGUUUCCUCCAGCAUCUUCACAAGGUCCUUUGCUGUUUUUCUGGGAUUGAUUUGCACUUUUUGCACCAAAGUACGUUCAUCUCUAGGAGACAGAACGUGUCUCCUUCCUGAGCGGUAUGACGGCUGUGUGGUCCCAUGGUGUUUAUACUUGUGUACUAUUGUUUGUACAGAUGAACGUGGUACCUUCAGGCGUUUGGAAAUUGCUCCCAAGGAUGAACCAGACUUGAGGAGGUCUACAUUUUUCUUUCUGAGAUCUUGGCUAAUUUCUUUUGAUUUUCCCAUGAUGUCAAGCAAAGAGGCACUGAGUUUGAAGGUAGGCCUUGAAAUACAUCCACAGGUACACCUCCAAUUGACUCAAAUGAUGUCAAUUAGCCUAUCAGAAGCUUCUAAAGCCAUGACAUAAUUUUCUGGAAUUUUCCAAGCUGUUUAAAGGCAGUCAACUUAGUGGAUGUAAACUUCUGGAAUUGUGAUACAGUGAAUUAUAAGUGAAAUAAUCUAUCUGUAAACAAUUGUUGGAAAAAUUACUUGUGUCAUGCACAAAGUAGAUGUCCUAACCGACUUGCCAAAACGAUAGUUUGUUAACAAGACAUUUGUGGAGUGGUUGAAAAACGAGUUUUAAUGACUCCAACCUAAGUGUAUGUAAACUUCCGACUUCAACCGUAUAUAGAUCAAUGUUUUUUCUGUGAUCGAAUCAACAUUAUAUCAGCCCCUUUUCAAUGCAACAAAACAAAACAAAUCUAACUUUGCAAGAUUGAGUCUGUGAUUUUGUUGUAGGCAAAGCCAGAGCACAACGGAGUAGAAUUCUAUUGGCGGGGGUAGCCCACAAGCAGUCUUUUAAUCACCCGCGAGUGAAUGCGCUUUUCAGAUCAGAGCGCAGAGCCGUGCGUGUGUACAUUUGUUGAUAUUCUUUGCUAGUUAGCGAGUUAUUAGCCCAGUUUUAAAUAAGUAUAGGUCAGCAAUGGGGAGUUACUGCUUCCUACAAGAGCACAAAACGUGUAGGCUACAUUUCAAGCGCUAUUUGAAAAAACAGUCUAGUAAAAAGCUUGUCUUAAUUAAAGGGGCAGUGUUGUACUUUGAGACAGGCUUGAAUAUGCAAAUAUGCCAAUAGGCAGAGGGGUAGCCUACAUUGUCUAAUUCUCUGUAUGGUAAUAAUAAUUAAUUGUAUUUUGUAAAGUGAUUUCUUGCAUCAUACAACACAAUACAAUGCAAUUUACAGUCACCUAUUUUGCCCAUGGUGUUACAGACCAAGUAAAAAAUAAUAAAUUAAUGUCAAGCCCUUCAUAAUGUAAAAACAUUUUUAAACAUCUCAUGCAAUGUAGGCCUGCAUUGAACACCACAUAUAGGCUACUGUAGACUAUAUCAUAGAAAUAAAAAGCUAUUUCCAUGUGUAAAUGUUAUGGGAUUUGCUCCAUUGGUUUUGUUGGUAGGCCUACAUUAUGCUCAAAUAGCCACAAUAGCCUAUUGGCUACUGUCUAAAACUGUAAGGGUACAGCCUCAGUGUUCACUGUAAAUUCUCACAACAUUCAAGUUUCCGCUCACAAAACCUAAAAAUUAGCUCAGUGCCCCAAAGAAUUAGAGGGAACAUUGCUGACAGGUGAUAUGAUGGGGGCAGUGAUGCUGACAGGUAAUGAAAGGAACCAGGGAUGAGAAGUGACCUAACCUGAAUUUCUUUCUUUCACCUCUUAUCUGCCCCUCCCCUCCUCUCUUCUCUACCUUUCUCAAUUCCUCUUUCCUCUUCUCUCCCUCCUCUCCUCUUCUUUUCUCUGCUGCUUUCCUCCUCCCCUUUCGUCUGAUCUUAUCUCCUUCUCUCCUCACAUCAACUCUACCCUCCUCCUCUCCUUACAUAAACUCUACCCUCCUCCUCUCCUCACAUAAACUCUACCCUCCUCCUCUCCUCACAUCAACUCUACCCUCCUCCUCUCCUCACAUCAACUCUACCCUCCUCCUCUCCUCUCCUUCUCUCCUCUCCUCACAUCAACUCUACCCUCCUCCUCUCCUCUCCCUCCCCUCCUUCUCUCCUCACAUCAACUCUACCCUCCUCCUCUCCUCUCCCUCCCCUCCUUCUCUCCUCACAUCAACUCUACACUCCUUCUCUCCUUUCCUCUCUCUCCUCCCCUUCUCUCUGAUCUCAUCCCCUCUCACAUCAACUCUCCUCCCCUCUUCUUCUCUCCUCCCAACCUCUCCUCCCCCUCUCCUCUCUUCCCCUGUUCCUCCUCCUCUCCUCUUCAGCUGUCUUCCUUCACUGCAAGAGCUGUCUACCAAUCGUAGCCUGGACAACCUGGACUGUCUGGGGGGUCCGGUGAGGGGCUCCCUGUUCCCCCGCUGGGACGAUGAGGACUUCAACCAGGGAGGCGGCUGCAGCACCCUGGGGAGGAGCAGCUGCAUGGGCCAGGUCAGAGGUCACCAGGGAUGGGGUCGUGGGGUACAACUGGCAUGGGACUCAUUUUUGUGUCGGAAUAGUGAGACUGUACAUAAAGAGGGAGAUAGAUGUAGACAGGCACAGAGAGGAGAGUGACUGAGACAAGGCUCAAACCCUGUUGCCAAAUGACAUGAGUCAUCCUGAGUUGGGAGCAUUACCACUACACCAGACUGUGGCAUUUUAGACCAUUUCAUUGAACAGAUUUUUAUUUUUAGAGUGACCUAUCACAUAAACUCUCCACUCCUACACCUCAGUAGACUCUGUUCUAAUGAGGUAGAAGAGUAUGUAUACACCGGAAUCCCAACACAGGAAGACCCAUUACCCUUCUACUGACAAGGUCACCAUGGUGAUAAAGAGUGCCUGGAUCCUCUCUGAUCUUUUACAAAAGGCCUGUCAACCUAAGCUUUACAGUCCAUUAGUAUAUGUUUAGCAUUUUGACCCCAUCUUGGGGAAUUUAAAACGUUUUAUUCCGAAAAUGUGUGUUGAUUUACAUGUAAAUUAGUAGAAGAGUUAUUUAGAGCUGCAAGAUACAAUGUUUAUUAUUACAACUCAUUAUUUCAGAAAGCCUUCCUGUGAGAUUUUACUGUAUAUCAAACAAAAACAGUACAACAAUGCAAUUGAAUAGACACAUAGUGCUGUUAUAAAUAUCCAGUACUAUAGGACUUCUGGAGCACAAACAGGUCUGGGACCAGGUUAUAGAUCUCAGGCUCUCACUUUCUCUCUCUCGUUCUCUCUUUCUCUCUCUUAGUCUUUUGCUCGCUCUCUCUCUGUCACUACUCCCUGCUCUUUGAUUUGUUACCCCUAAAGCAUGCAACCGAGCCAACUCCAUAAGUGACAACUCAAACACCAUAUUUAUUACAUCCCUGUCACUCCAACACUGUGUUAGGCUUGCAUCUUAGUAAGCUUGGUCAUGUCCCUCAGUCAAAUCUCAGUCCUUCAUUUGCACUGCUGCUCUAAUCUAAUUUCUCACCAAUUUUAUGCAAGUCAAUCAAAUGACUACUGUUUAUUUUUAUUUUAUUUUUUAUUUCACCUUUAUUUAACCAGGUAAGCCAGUUGAGAACAAGUUCUCAUUUACAACUGCGACCUGGCCAAGAUAAAGCAAAGCAGUGCGAUAAAAACAACACAGAGUUACAUAUGGGGUAAAAAACAUAAAGUCAAAAAUACAACAGAAAAUAUAUAUAAAGUGUGUGCAAAUGUAGCAAGUUAUGGAGGUAAGGCAAUAAAUAGGCUAUAGUGCAAAAUAAUUACAAUAGUAUUAACACUGGAAUGCUAGAUGUGCAAGAGAUUAUGUGCAAAUAGAGAUACUGGGGUGCAAAAGAGCAAAAUAAAUAACAAUAUAGGGAUGAGGUAGUUGGGUGGGCUAAUUUCAGAUGGGCUGUGUACAGGUGCAGUGAUCGGUAAGGUGCUCUGACAACUGAUGCUUAAAGUUAGUGAGGGAGAUAAGAGUCUCCAGCUUCAGAGAUUUUUGCAAUUCGUUCCAGUCAUUGGCAGCAGAGAACUGGAAGGAAUGGCGGCCAAAGGAGGUGUUGGCUUUGGGAAUGACCAGUGAGAUAUACCUGCUGGAGCGCAGACUACGGGUGGGUGCUGCUAUGGUGACCAAUGAGCUAAGAUAAGGCGGGGAUUUGCCUAGCAGUGAUUUAUAGAUGGCCUGGAGCCAGUGGGUUUGACGACGAACAUGUAGUGAGGACCAGCCAACAAGAGCGUACAGGUCACAGUGGUGGGUAGCGUAUGGGGCUUUGGAGACAAAACGGAUGGCACUGUGAUAGACUACAUCCAAUUUGCUGAGUAGAGUGUUGGAGGCUAUUUUGUAAAUGACAUCGCCGAAGUCAAGGAUCGGUAGGAUAGUCAGUUUUACGAGGGCAUGUUUGGCAGCAUGAGUGAAAGAGGCUUUGUUGCGAAAUAGGAAGCCGAUUCUAGAUUUAACUUUGGAUUGGAGAUUCUUUAUGUGAGUCUGGAAGGAGAGUUUACAGUCUAACCAGACACCUAGGUAUUUGUAGUUGUCCACAUACUCUAGGUCAGACCCGUCAAGAGUGGUGAUUCUAGUCGGGUGGGCGGGUGCCAGCAGCGUUCGAUUGAAAAGCAUGCAUUUAGUUUUACUAGUGUUUAAGAGCAGUUGGAGGCUACUGAAGGAGUGUUGUAUGGCAUUGAAGCUCGUUUGGAGGUUUGUUAACACAGUGUCCAAUGAAGGGCCAGAUGUAUACAAAAUGGUGUCGUCUGCGUAGAGGUGGAUCUGAGAGUCACCAGCAGCAAGAGCGACAUCAUUGAUAUACACGGAGAAAAGUGUCGGCCCAAGAAUUGAACCCUGUGGCACCCCCAUAGAGACUGCCAUAGGUCCAGACAACAGGCCCUCCGAUUUGACACACUGAACUCUAUCUGAGAAGUAGUUGGUGAACCAGGCGAGGCAGUCAUUUGAGAAACCAAGGCUAUUUAGUCUGCCAAUAAGAAUGCGGUGGUUGACAGAGUCGAAAGUCUUGGCCAGGUCGAUGAAGACGGCUGCACAGUACUGUCUAUUAUCAAUCGCGGUUAUAAUAUCGUUUAGGACCUUGAGCGUGGCUGAAGUGCACCCAUGACCAGCUCGGAAACCGGAUUGCAUAGCGGAGAAGGUACGGUGGUAUUCGAAAUGGUCGGUGAUCUGUUUGUUAACUUGGCUUUCAAAUACUUUCGAAAGGCAGGGCAGGAUGGAUAUAGGUCUGUAGCAGUUUGGAUCUAGAGUGUCACCCCCUUUGAAGAGGGGGAUGACCGCGGCAGCUUUCCAAUCUCUGGGGAUCUCAGACGUUAUGAAAGAGAGGUUGAACAGACUAGUAAUAGGGGUUGCGACAAUUUCGGCAGCUAGUUUUAGAAAGAAAGGGUCCAGAUUGUCUAGCUCAGCUGAUUUGUAGGGGUCCAGAUUUUGCAGCUCUUUCAAAACGUCUGCGAAGAGAAGUUAAGACAGUUUUGAUUAAUACUAUGAAAGUGACACUGAAACUAAUUGGCAGUAAAAAGAACAAUAAAAAAAAAACAUUUAGCUUGUUAACUACCUUGGACUUUGACUAUAAGUUGCUAUAAGGAGCUGAUUCGGGAUCAGGACAAAGUGUUACUGCUGCACUUUGCUUUCCUCUCACCCAGCCUUAAUACUGUAAUGUGUCCUUUUGGCUGCAUUUUAUUGCAUACCCACCAAAUGUCACACAGGUGGAGCUAGCUCACUCCUCUAACAGAUACUGUCAGCUGUGCUCUCCAUGGCAGACCUGGCUGGGUUCAAAUAGUAUUAGAAAUGUGAAAAACUCAGGGUGUUUGCUUCAUACUGCCUGAAGUACCUGAUGGGUGGGGUUGGCACAUUUGGGACUAUUCCGUUGGUUCCAAUACGCUAGGUAAACUUGAUUAAGCACAGUUAAAGUAUUCGGGAAAAAUCUAAAAUACUACUUGAACCCAGGUCUAACGACCAUGGACUAUCUGGUCCCGGGACAAACCAUGCAUUUCUGUCCCUAGCUUGAAGCAGUAGCCAUGCAACGCUGUCCCUCUCACUCUACCACUGCCACCCAGGCCAAGAUGCCAACCAAUGCCACUAGUGCCAACCUGCCUCUCUCCUUCCAGCUGCGGGACCUGGAGAUGAUUAGCCAACGCUACGAGGAUAGCUGCUCUGAGUCGGCGUUCCGAGAAUCCCACAGACUCUCGCGCUCCCAUUCCCAGGCGGUGGAGCCUCCGGAUCUACCAAUGCCCACGUGCUUCCGAUCCCGUAGCCAUAGCUACCUGCGGGCCAUCCAGGCCGGAUGUUCACAGGAUGACGACACUGCUUCCAUGGACUCGGAUUCGCCGCCGCCGACCGCCACUACCGUUCGCACCUAUAGCACCAGCACUGGUGAGUAGGCUUACCUACUGAUGCUGAUCUAAGGUCAGUUUUGCACUUUAACCUGCUAAUGGUUGAGCUUUGCAUUAGGGAGCUGGGUAUUAGGUUAAGCUGAUUCUAGAUCUGUGCCAAUGGGACAAUUUAGCUGGAUUUUUAUUGUUCUUGCAUUGCCGACAAUGAACCCGCAAGUAAGCAUUUCGUUGGACGAUGUGGCGUAUACCAUGUGUGUCCCGUACAUUAAUAUAAUUUAAAACUUGAAGAGAGUGAAAGAGCCUGUUUUGGAUUAUGCAACGUACCCUACCAUGUCGCUGAUGAAAUUAUAUUCCUGAAUUAAGUUUUGUGUUAUUGGUUUGUGGCUGCAAACUGUAAUGCCGUGUGAAGAUGUGAAAAGUGGUGUUAAGAGAAUUGUGAAAAGUGAUGUAAUCUUAUGGGUCGAGAUUGACAGAGAUUGACCUGGUUAUUGGUUAUGUUUGUGUAUAUAAUUAUACAUGUGAGCUCUCCCUCUCUCUCUGUUUGAAUGAGGUUUAACCAAUAGAACUCUACAUUAAUCAUUUCUUCUUGGCUAGCGGCGCUGUUGACCGUUUUCGCCACGCCACUUGACCCGGUUUAAAGAUACCGUUUCCUGGACAAAAGCUUGCUGCUACUAUUUAUCGUCUUUGACAGAUACUGUUUCGACUUUGGCUGUUUGGAAGUCAACAGCUCCUGCAAUGUUGUCUUGAUUUUAAAAAAAAUCUUUUUUCUUCUGACAGGCUACGAGGGUAAGUGUUUGGUGCCAAUAAUGUGACUUUUAUGGAAAUAUCUAUCCAUCUAUCCGAAUCGGUUCUCAUUGUAAAUCCUGAACAGUUUUGCAAUCUAUAUUGUUCGAGAAUGUGACGCAAGGGAUAGGCUACUGUAUGGAUGCAUUACUGUAGCCGCUGCUAUUUGAUUUUGAAAGUAAACCUGCCGCGAGGACACAGUUGAGUUCAGAGGUAUAAUAAGAACGGUUGAGUUUCGGAAUAUUUGGCCACUGUCUAUAGAUGCGCAAUCAUCGGAAAUCGACAUCAGAGCGCGCGCGAUGUAGCCUAAUGUAAAGUCAGGUUUAAUUCACUAUUGUGUGCGAAAGGCGGAUCAUAUUGUAUUUAACUGUAAGUCGCUCUGGAUAAGAGCGUCUGCUAAAUGAAAAUGAAAAUGUACCAUUUAUUUUGUUUUUGUGUAGGCUAUUACCAAUAAAGUAUCGAGGUUUAUCUGAGCAACUUCAUUCUACAUUUCUGUGCAAAUAGCCUGCCCUAUAGCUAAGGAGAUCAAUUCUCAUUGCCAACGAAGCAACCUCACUUUUAAUGUAGGCUAUUGGUUAUGUAAGCUAUACAAAUAAAAUUGACAUAAUGUCUAUAUCACCCUGAACCAGUGAAAGGAAAUAUGUUAGUCACAAGGUAAGACCAGGUAAGACUGACUGUGGGAAUUGUGUGCCAUAUUACAAUUUGUUUGUUGUUUAGUAUCGUUGUUGCCAUAGAGCAGGGUUUCCCAAAAAUGGUCCUGGGUCCACGUUUUGGUUUUUGCCUUAACACUUUAACACUACACAGCUGAUUCAAAUAACCAAUUCAUCAUCAAAAGUGUUGAUUAUUUGAAUCAGCUGUGUAGUGUUAAGGCAGUGUUUCCCAAACUCUGUCCUCGGGACCCCAAGGGAUGCCCAUUUUGGUUUUUACCCUAGCACUAUACAGCUGAUUCAAAUAAUCAAAGCUUGAUGAUUAGUUGAUUAUUUGAAUCAGCUGUGUAGUGCUAGGGCAAAAACCAAAACUUGCACUCCUUGGGGUCCCCAGGACCGAGUUUGGGAAACCCUGCCGUAGAGGACUAUCAGCACAAUAGAAAGAAACCACCUAAUGCGGUUUACAAUGGGUCAUUCACUUUCACAUAUGAAUUUACUCCUGACAUGUUUAGGCAGCUCCUCCACCCAACGUUUCUGUUCUCCCUCCCUCCCUCAAUCCUUAGUUACAGAUCAGAUGCCUGCCCUGAGGGCCAUAUUGACCACUACUUUCCCCCCUCAAGUGUUUUUAAUGCUUAUGGGCUUGUAUGGGUCUCUCUCUGCCACUAUGGUAUUAUUUCGGGGACCCACCCCAUCACCAUGUAAAGCUUACUAGAGUGCUCUACUGCUGAAAUCAGGAGUACUGUUGUUAUUUACAUUACAUUUACAUCAUUUAGCAGGCGCUCUUAUCCAGAGCGACUUACAAAUUGGUGCAUUCACCUUAUGAUAGCCAGUGGGACAACAACUUUACUAUUUUUUUAUUAUUAUUAUAUAUACAUAUAUAUGUUUUUUUUUUUUUGUGGGGGUGGGGUAGGGGGGGUAGAAGGAUUACUUUUAUACUAUCCCAGGUAUUCCUUAAAGAGGUAGGGUUUCAAGUGUCUCCGGAAGGUGGUCAGUGACUCCGCUGUCCUGGCGUCGUGAGGGAGCUUGUUCCACCACCAUUGGGGUGCCAGAGCAGUGAACAGUUUUGACUGGGCUGAGUGGGAACUGUGCUUCCGCAGAGGUAGGGGGACCAGCAGGCCAGAGGUGUAAGAACGCAAUGUCCUCGUUUGGGUGUAGGGACUGAUCAGAGCCUGAAGGUAAGGAGGUGCUGUUCCCCUCACAGCUCCGUAGGCAAGCACCAUGGUCUUGUAGCAGAUGCGAGCUUCAACUGGAAGCCAGUCGAGUGUGCGGAGGAGCGGGGUGAUGUGAGAGUACUUGGGAAGGUUGAACACCAGACGGGCUGCAGCGUUCUGGAUAAGUUGUAGGGGUUUAAUGGCACAGGCAGGGAGCCCAGCCAACAGCGAGUUGCAGUAAUCCAGACGGGAGAUGCCUGGAUUAGGACCUGUGCCGCUUCCUGUGUAAGGUAGGGUCGUGCUCUGCGAAUGUUGUAGAGCAUGAACCUACAGGAUCGGGUCACCGCUUUGAUGUUAGCGGAGAACGACAAGGUGUUGUCCAGGGUCACGCCAAGGUUCUUUGCACUCUGGGAGGAGGACACAACAGAGUUGUCAACCGUAAUGGCGAGAUCAUGGAGCGGGCAGUCCUUCCCCGGGAGGAAGAGCAGCUCCGUCUUGCCGAGGUUCAGCUUGAGGUGGUGAUCCGACAUCCACACUGAUAUGUCUGCCAGACAUGCAGAGAUGCGAUUCGCCACCUGGUUAUCAGAAGGGGGAAAGUUAUGACCAUGUUAUGACUAUUUGGGUGCCCAUGCAAGGACUAGUGCCCCCUGCAAUGGGAGGCUGGGUAAGUGAGGUUCUGUGUUAGCCAUGGGAUGAGUGGGAGAUUACGAGAGGGCAACCAAAUCAUACAUUAAAGACUGUUCUGUUAAGGAAUCUCCCAGGUGACUAGAAUAGAAUAUAAAGACAUGCUUUAAAGAGCAGCUGAGCAUUUUGAGGGCACUCCAAACUGACACUCCCAAGUCCACAAUACUUGCACCGACCAUCAUCCUGCCACUUGCAACGAAUUGUCAUUCAAGAUAAAUUCACAUAAUUAUAGGAUCUUCUCACUCUGUCAACAGAGUGGCGUACACCUUCUAAAGUAGCGGUGGCACCUGCCAAGUUCUACCCCUUUGGCCUAGUGGAAGGAACAAUCACACUCCAUCAUGGGAGGCAGAUUCCAGGAUGAAAGCUCAACAGCUCUCCCAGAAAAUGGCUCAUUACUGUAAUUAGUGUAAUAUAGGGAUGAGCACAUAUACUCUGUGUACUCGGUUAAAGAGCAUAUUUGGUCCCUCUUAUUAGCCACUUCCUCUCUUCUGCUCUCUAUGCUAAUCUGUUUCCAUGUGGACGGAGGAGAUCUGGAGUAACAUCUUCUAAAUAUGUGUAUGAGACCAAUAAAAUUAGAUUUAUUUUGGAUUUGAUAUGAGACAGCAAUGCUCAGGAAACUAAAUACCCACUGGGCAAAAACUGGUUUAAUCAACGUUGUUUCCAUGUCAUUUCAACCCCAAAAAAUGUAUGUGAUGACGAAUCAAUGUGGAAAACUGAUUGGAUUUGCAUAAAAUCAUCAACGUAAGGGAUUUUUUUUUUUUUUUCACCCAACUUUUAACCUAAAUCCAAAGACAGGGUGACAUUUUUGGUUGAUUUCACAUUGAAUUCAUAUUAGUUGACAACUCAACCAAAUGUAAAUCAAAACUAGACGUUGAACUGACGUGCCCAGUGGGGAGAGCUUGGCACUAAAUAGUUGCGUUCUUCACUUACAUUCUAAAUAAAUGUUUUACAUACUUUGGUCUUUUAAAGCCCUUUAAUGGAGUUCCAUCACCAACAGUGAUGUAGGUUGUGGGAAUGUGGUUGGCCAAUUUCCCUUUUCCAGAAGCUUCUCAUAGCUAACUGUAGAACCCUAAUAACGGGACACACUCACUUGACUGUGGUGAAUGGAGAGUAAAUUGUAGUUUUCAGUGAUUUAAAUAGUGGUCCAGUUACCGAAGGGAGCCAAGAAACUGCAGUGUGUAAUUUUCCUGACUCUAGCCCUGCCUAGCAUAGCGAAGAGCUAGUGAGCUACACACUCGGCAGUGAAAGGACUAAGGAUGACUCAUUCACACCCAUGAGCUCAUAAUGCCACACUAAAACCUAGGUGUUAGCGGAGAGAUCAGCUGUAGCUAUGUGGGUGUGAUCUAUGAUCCAUGAGAUCAUACCAUUCCAAACGGCCAUCCUCCUCAACUCCUCCCAACACACCUCUGGAGAUCAGCUAUAGGGACUUUCUCAGCCUCAUGCUGUGUUCAGUCGGUAUAAACACAACACAGAAUUCACAGGACUGACAGGGGUUAAUUGGUGCUUUUCAGGCCCCAAGUUUCAAUAGUUUUUCUGCAUUUCGUGGACUUUGUGUCGACAACAAUGUCGACCUUGCUUAGAGUAGCAGCUGAAUGUCUGGCUUUGGUUGAAGCAAGCCUUGUGAAUUCUAGAGGAAAAGUGUGCUUCGUGAGUUAGCUUGUGGCUAAUGUGGUCACACUGAAACAAUAGUCUUUUAGGUCUGUUUUACUGUGGGCAGACGAAAUUGAAAAGAGGUUGGGGAGUUCAUUUGGCCACUGA